AUGUUGCACGCCAGUCGCCGCCUCCUCCGCGCCCCUGCGCUCGCCCGGACGUUCGUCGCGCCGAUGGCUGCGCGGACUCUGCCGACGGCUGCGGCCGACGAGCAUGGCUGGGCCAAGUACGGUCUCGGCGCUGCGCUCCUCAUGGCCGGCGUCGGCUUGAGCCAAGCCGACAACUGCGGCAUUGUCGGCGUCGUGAGCAAGCACCAGGAAGCCAACAGCUUCUUGCUCGAAGGCCUCACGAUCCUGCAGAACCGCGGGUACGACUCGGCGGGCAUGGCCACGUCCAAGCACGACGGCGCGGCGCCGAUUGAAGUGACCAAGUUUGCGUCCGUGCAGGGCACGGCCGACUCGAUCAACCUCCUGCGCCAGACCAAGGACAAGCACGAUGGCAACACGGUUGGCAUUGCGCACACACGCUGGGCGACGCACGGCGGCAAGACGGACGAGAACUCGCACCCGCACAUGGACAUGAACAAGCGCGUGGCGGUCGUCCAUAACGGCACGAUCACCAACUACAACGAGAUCAAGAACGAACUCAUUGCGGAAGGCGUCACGUUCACGUCGCAGACGGACACGGAAGUCAUUGCGCAGCUCAUUGGGCACCUCAUGGGCGAAGGCGCCGACUCGCUCACGGCAACGCGCCUCGCACUCGAACGCCUCGAAGGCACGUGGGGCCUCUGCAUCAUGGCGCGUGACGAGCCCGGCAAGGUCAUUGUCGCGCGCAACGGGUCGCCCUUGUGCAUUGGCUACGGCUCCAACUCGAUGUACAUUGCGUCCGAGACGACUGCCUUUUCGCGCCACACGAAGCGGUUCCUGUCGCUCCAGGACGGCGAGGUCGCGGUCGUCAAGUGCGACUCGGCCGAGCUCAACCCGCAGGACGACAACAACGAAGGCACGCUCCAGCGCUUCCCCACGUCGCGCCUCGGCACGGCGCCGGACGUCAAGGUCCGUCUCUCGCCCGCGCCGUUCCCGCACUGGACGAUCCGCGAAAUCAUCGAGCAGCCCAAGGCGGUCGCGUCGGCGCUCGGCUACGGCGGGCGCGUCUCGGACGACCACGUCUACCUCGGCGGCCUCGAAGCGGAGAAGGACAAGAUGCUCAAGAUCAAGCAUUUGCUCAUCUCGGCGUGCGGCACGUCCUUGAACGCGGCCAAGUACGGCGCCAAGCUCAUGCGCACGCUCGGUUCGUUCGACACGGUCGCGACAGAAGACGCGGCCGAGACGACCAACGAGCGCCUGCCGCGCCACGAUGGCGGUCUCCUCGUCGUGUCGCAGUCGGGUGAAACCAAAGACGUCCACCGCGUCCUGCAGCUCCAGCACGCGCAGGACCUCCCGAUGUUCUCGGUCGUCAACGCUGUCGGGUCGCUCAUCGCCCGAACGACGCGCUGCGGCGUGUACCUCAACGCAGGUCGUGAGAACGCGGUGGCGAGCACGAAGGCGUUCGUGACGCAGGUCACGGUCCUCGGUCUCAUUGCCGCGUGGUUUGCCCAGAACCGGGCCGAAGUGAACCGCACGAAGCUCGACGAGCUCAUCCAGUCGCUGCAUCGCCUCCCGAUCACGAUCGGCAUGGCGCUCCGGACGCGCGCGAUCUGUGCCGACAUUGCCGACAAGCUCAUGCCGUCCGAGCACCUCUUCGUGCUCGGGAAGGGCUACGCCGAGCCGAUCGCGUACGAAGGCGCGCUCAAGAUCAAGGAGAUUACGUACUUGCACGCGGAGGGCUACUCAGGCGGUGCGCUCAAGCACGGCCCGUUUGCGCUCAUCGAAGGCAAGGAGGGCCAGUUUGGCCCGACGCCGAUCAUCCUCAUCGUCUUGGACGACGAGCACGGCCAGCUCAUGAAGACGGCGGCCGAGGAGGUCCGUGCGCGCGGCGCGUACACGAUCAUCAUCACCGACAACCCGGCCAUGUGCGACGGCCUCGGCGACGCGGUGAUCCCGAUCCCGAACAACGGCCCGAUGACCGCGCUCCUCGCGAGCGUGCCGCUGCAGCUCAUCGCGUACGAACUCGCGGUCAAGCGCGGUAUCAACCCGGACGUCCCGCGCAACCUCGCCAAGGCCGUCACGGUCGAUUAA